AUGGCCCCCUCUGACGAAAAGAAACCACAAGCGCUGCCUGCGUCGACGACGGUGUGUAUCGUCGGCGCAGGGCCAACGGGGCUGGCGUGCGCCUUGGGGCUGCAGGCAAAGGGUGUGCCCUUUGUAAUGGUGGAUGCGCUAGCAGCGGGACACAACAGCUCGAGGGCGAUGGGCGUGCAGUCGGUGGGGAUGGAGGCACUCCACGCUCUGUCUCCUGCCCUGGCCGAUAUCCUUGUCGCUGAUGGUGUUCCCUGUGGCACCUUCUGCACUAAAGACGUCUGGGAACGUGACGUGGUCUACGUCACCGUCAGCGACCUGGCCCCUUACACAAAAUUCCCCUACGUGCUCGUCUUGCCUCAGCAUCGAUUCGAGCUGCGGAUGCGGGAGGCGUUGAGGGAGCCAAUAUACUGGCAGCAGCGCGUGACUGGACUGCAGGAGAGCGCCGACGGCAGCGCCUACCAAGUCCGCUUCGAGUCGGGCGAAACUCUCUCAGCGCAAUACGUCGUCGCGGCUGAUGGCUCCAACUCCACCAUCCGCGACCUUGCCGGAAUUCGCUAUCUCAACCCACACACCAACCAAAUCUCCGCCGCGUCACCUGACGACCCGAACUUCAUCGUCGCCGACGUCCGGCUCAAGACGCCGAUCCCGCCGAACAUGCCCACGGACGCGGUCCAGGUGAUCAUCGGCGGCGGGGGGCAUGGUACUUUCCGCCCCGUUGCGCAUGGACGACGCCAUGGACUCGUUCCGCAUCUACUUCGCGAUCCCCGGUCCGGACGUGCCGCCCAAGCACCCGAGCCAGGCACCCAUCCCGUGCCACAAAUUGCGGAGGUCUUCGAGAGCACGCGCUACCGCACGCGGUCCGCGCUGGCCGAGCACUUCCUCCGGAGCACUGCGACGGGUCAUGCUCACGUGCUGUUGGCGGGCGAUGCGGCACAUAAGCACAGCCCGGCGGGCGGGCAGGGCAUGACCGUUGGUCUGGGCGACGGAUGUGCGCUGGCGAAUGCGAUCGCGCAGCACGUGGCCGUUAGCGGGGGCGGGAGUCUGGCGCAGUACGCUAACCAGCGCCGGGUAGUCGCGCGGAAGGUCAUCGGCAUCGUCGAGGGCGUGAUGGAGGUCGAGGCGGGCGGGGAGGACUGGGUCUCGUGGGGCCGCAGCUACGUGCUCUGGGCGCUGACCAAGUUCCAGCUCGUCCGCCGCUCCUUUGCGUACCGGAUAAGUGGGCUGGCGGACUUGCAUACCCUGCAGUUGGAUCAUUCCGGGAAACAUUAG